AUGGCGCACUUCCAACCUAGCUCAUCUCCAAACACUGCUUUGGCCCUCGUUUUACCUGAAUCCACAAUGGAAAUCAUCCAACCCUUGCGUUCCUUUUACGACGCCGCUGCUAUAAAGUGGCCCCCACAUCUUAAUCUUUUUUACCCAUUUGUCCACCCUUCAGCCAUAGAAUCUGUAUCCGAAUACCUAACAGAGCAUCUUCACACGAUCUUCAAGGUUCCUCUCUCCAUCCGCUUCGGUUCGGUAGAAGUAUUCGGCGGCGGCAAGAAGCGUCCCAGUUUCCUUGUUCUUCGUCCAGAUAAGGAAUCCGAAGAACUAAUCCAAGAUUUCUAUGAGCUGCUCGGUCGUGAGUUUCCUGAAGUUAGAAAUGCGGUUACACGUAAGGAGUUCAAGCCGCACUUGACUAUUGGGCAGGUCUACGGAGGGAACGAAGGAAAGAUAUUUCAUUUCCAAGAGAAGUUCAAGAUGCUAUGCAAAGCUAUUGGGGAGGUGGAAGUUGGGCUAGCUACUAUGCAGCGUGUUGAGGGCAAGAUGACAUAUGUGAGGACUUGGGGUGUGAAAGAGUACCCCUUUACUCUGUCUCUUGAGUGCGUUCCAGGCAGCGUGGUUAAGAGGGAUACGUGGACCUAUAAAUCUGCAGCCUAUGAUAGUGGGGAUGAAGGGAGCGAAAAUCAUGAAGACCGCGAGGAAGAGCAAACCCUGAAUAAGUGGGAACGGGUCAAUAUCGUCGAGGAGACGAAAACCGCAGGCCGCAGCCUCACCCUCUCCACAUACAACGUCUUCGUGGAUACUGAUAACACGAAAAACCAAGAUAGCCGCUGGUGGGCCAUUUGCAAAAAGCUCAUAGCGUCCAAUUCUACAAUAAUCUGUCUACAAGAGGUCUCAGAUGGCUGCCUCGCAAUGAUCGGAAACUCUUGGGAGGUUAGGCAGAAGUAUCCCUAUAUUUCACACUCACCCGAAAAGCCACUGUUACGACUUCGAAACUGUAUCAUUCUAAGCUCUGUACCAUUCUCAUGGGAGGAAGUCUCGACUGAUAUUCAGGGACGAAGCAUUUGUCUAGCCAAAUUCGACCAAUUUGGCUUUUACUCCACUCCAGCUCCAAUCGAAUCGGAAGACGAAGAUGCUCCUGGACCUCCAACGGCAUGGCAUCCAUUGAUUGUCGCAAACGUCCACCUUCCGGCUUACCAUACCGAUGAAGCUGUAAAACUCCGCACUGACUAUGUCGGUUUAGUUAAAUCGCACUUGGACACAAACUAUCCCGGCAACCCGGUCAUUAUAGUUGGAGACAUGAAUAUCGCGAACGAUACCUCAAUCUCCCACGCUGUCACCCAUAAAAUUAUCACUGAAUCUUCAGGCGCAGCCUAUGGUGAUCUUUUCCCGCCAGCUUCUUACGCUGAUGCUUGGCUCGUCUCCGGUGAAGGCCUUGAAGGGAAUACCUUCGACCCGGCUACAAACUCUAUUGCCUUCGAAAAUGCUGGGCAUGGCUCUUCGAUCCCGAUUGUCCCCCAACGCUAUGAUAGAAUAUAUGUCCGUCUACAAGGGGGCGACAAUUUACUCAUUCGUGAAGCUCGCGUGGUCCUGGAUACUUCUGUACCACCAUCAAGUGACCAUUACAUGCUAACCUCAAAACUAUCCUUCAUCGACUCAUCUAAACAACCAACACCGGAAACCCUCCUCUCCUUACCUCAAACUGCUUUACAAGAUUCUGACCUUAUAGAACUUCUAAAGUCUAACUCUUGUUUUCCCACCCCUGCAGAAACUGCUUUGCGCCAUCAAGCAGUAGCUUCCCUAACUGCAUGUCUAAAUGGCCUCCCAGAUCUGACUACUGCCCCUGAAAAUUCGUCAGAUACCACUUUUACCCUCCGUCUUGUCCCCGUCGGGUCAUUUGGUCUUGGAACUUACACCUCAACUUCUGACACCGACAUUCUAGCUAUCGGCUCAAUCUCCACACCAUUAUUCUGGCGUAUCGCUAAACAAAGAAUCAAGAGAUUCCGUGGAAAAGCAGCAGAUUCUUCCUCUCUAACAUCCUCGGAUGCUCUCAGUGUAAAAAUUGUUCGCUACGUUGACGCAACAAUACCAAUGUUAAUCCUUCUCAUUGGUGACAAAAUCCGCAUAGAUCUACAGUAUACCACUGCCGUAUCGGUUCUCUCAAAUUUCGAUACAAUUCCAUUCCAACCAUUAAAUUCUCCGCUUUGGAAUUUAACUGUCCCAACAUUGAAGAAAUUACAGGCCUGGAGAGAUCUACUAUUCUUACUUUCACGUAUUCCAAACUUGGCGAAAUACAGACUAGCAUACCGCUUCAUCAAACUUUGGGCUGAAAAGAAGGGGGUAUACAGCUCGAAGUUCGGAUUCUUCGGCGGUGUUCAUAUCUCUCUUUUACUCGCCAGAGUCGCUAUGUUAUUACCGCCAACGGCAACAGCGUCUCAACUCAUCGCUGCGUUUUUCACUCACUAUAGUACUACGAAAUGGGAUGAUUCCGUCAUCUUUAUGCCAGGAACAGGGAAGGUACUUCGGUAUCAACGCGCCACCAGAGAUAAAAUGGUGAUCCUAACGAUAAACACGCCUGUCAUAAACGUCGCUGCGAAUGCUACGAUUCAUACUGUUCACACGCUAUCUUCUGAGCUCGAAAAAGCGGCUGCGAAGUUCGAGCUUGAUGCUACUUUCUCUGAUGUGGUUGGGAGCUUUGGGGAUGAUACUUCAAAAGAGAUCCCAAUUGGCGUUAACGAGUUUUUGGGGGGAUAUAAUAGGUAUAUCAAGGUUGACGUUCAGUUUUGGGGCCUCAAUCGCCAGGGUGGCCGUGCGCUGGUGGGAUGGGUGGAAAGUCGACUCGUCGGUUUACUGGUGGAGUUAGGCCGCCAAACACCCGGUUUAGACGCCAGAAUUUGGCCGGGGAGGUUCCAUGAAACGAAAGCACAACAACUUGAAGCUGAAGAAGGCGCAGAUGGAGAACAAAAAGAAGAAAAGAAAGAAGAAAUGGGUGAGCUCCGUGGCUUCUACUUAGUCGCUUUGAGCCCCUCUUCAAAAUCAUCACAAAUGACCAAGGAAGAAAAACGGAACGGAGAAGCCGCUUUCGCAGCUGUAUUACGAAACUUCGAAACAGCGGUCACGAAACAUAAAGAAAAAUAUGACCCAUCGACAAGUUGGAUUUCUGUUUCUUGUGUUAAGCCCGAUGAGUUUGUGACUGAGAAGGGAAAUACAGUAGAACUGGAUUUAACAAUGGUAUGGGACGGCGGCGAGGCCGAUGAAAAUGGUGAUGGGAUCCCAGAUGAUGAAGAUAGCGAAGAAGAAGAAGAUCCAGAUAUCGCAGAUUUGCUUCUCGACGGUGAGGAAGCUGAGGAUGAAGACGACUUCUUCGGUUCUCUCCGGAAGGGAUCUAAGAAAAACAAGAACGCCUCAGCAGUAACUCAGAAGAACUCAGGCCCAACGGCAAAACUUCGUCCCUCUCACGAAGUAUUCAAUCGUCUGAAAUGGGACUCUAAAUACGACGCUUCAGCAUAUGUGAUUGGAUAUGAAGAUAGGUUUAGAGGGGUAUUGGAAAUUGGUGUGGAUAAGUGGAAGACGGAGAUGAGCGAUGAGGAGUUUGUGCCAAUGCACCGGGUAGUUUAUUUCAAGGAGAGGAAGACGGGAGAGAUGCUGUGGGAUAGGGAGAAGAGGAUCGAUAAGAUCUUUGGAAGCGGGAAUACAGCUGAUGGGAAGAAAAAGGGAAAGAAGUGA